AAAGAAGAUUUUCCCUCUUUGUUCCUUUCCUCCUUCACAUCUGCUGCAAGGAAGCCUCCAAAGCCAUCGGGCUCAUCUGCAAACCAGACUGAGCACCAGCAGUGCGUGAACCACCCGGAGGAGUCCCAGGAAAGUCCCGGAGAUGCCGGAUGCUGCCGCUCACCUGCCCUUCUACUAUGGCAGCAUCGCCAGGUCGGAGGCCGAGGAGCACCUGAAGCUGGCGGGGAUGUCAGACGGGCUGUUCCUGCUGCGGCAGUGCCUGCGCAGCCUGGGCGGGUACGUGCUGUCCGUGGUGUUCGACCUGCAGUUCUACCACUACCCCAUCGAGCGCCAGCUGAACGGCACCUACGCCAUCCUGGGGGGCAAGGCCCACUGCGGGCCCGAGGAGCUUUGCGAGUUCUACUCCAAGGACGCCGACGGGCUGUGCUGCCCCCUCCGCAAACCCUGCAACCGGCCCAGUGGGGUGGAGCCCCAGCCCGGGGUGUUCGACAGCAUGAGGGACAACAUGGUGCGGGAGUACGUCCGGCAGACGUGGAAACUGGAGGGGGAUGCACUGGAACAGGCCAUCAUAAGCCAGGCUCCACAGGUGGAGAAGCUGGUUGCCACCACAGCCCAUGAGAGGAUGGCCUGGUACCACGGCAGCAUCACCCGGGACGAGGCUGAGCGGAGGCUCUACUCGGGGGCACAACCUGACGGGAAAUUCCUGCUGAGAGAAAGGAAGGAAAAUGGCACCUAUGCCCUGUCCCUCGUCUAUGGCAAGACUGUGUACCACUACAGGGUGGACCAGGACAAGUCUGGCAAAUACUCCAUCCCUGAGGGCACCAAGUUCGACACACUCUGGCAGCUGGUGGAAUACCUAAAACUCAAACCAGAUGGGCUGAUUUUCUACCUGAAGGAAACCUGUCCCAACCCCAACCUGCCAGCAUCUGCAGCACCGGCUCCACCAACCCACCCCUCUGUGAGCAGAAACCUGGGGCCCCUCAAUGCGGACGGAUACACACCAGAGCCUGUAGGUGCCGGGAAGUCCCGUCUGCUGCCCAUGGACACCAGUGUCUACGAGAGCCCCUACAGUGACCCGGAGGAACUGAAGGACAAGAAACUGUUCCUCAAGAGGGACCACCUGAUGAUUGAUGAAGUGGAGCUGGGGGCAGGAAACUUUGGCUGUGUCAAGAAAGGAGUCUACAAAAUGAGGAAGAAGCAGAUUGAUGUGGCCAUAAAGGUGCUGAAGAGCAACAACGAGAAAACAGUGAAGGAUGAGAUGAUGAAGGAAGCUCAGAUCAUGCACCAGCUGGACAACCCCUACAUUGUCCGCAUGAUCGGGGUCUGCGAGGCAGAGUCCCUGAUGCUGGUGAUGGAGAUGGCUUCUGGAGGGCCCCUCAACAGGUUCUUGGCCUCCAAGAAAGAUGAGAUUGCAAUCAGCAAUAUCGUGGAGCUGAUGCACCAAGUGUCCAUGGGGAUGAAGUACUUGGAGGAGAAGAACUUUGUCCACAGGGACCUGGCAGCCAGAAACGUCCUGCUGGUGAACCAGCACUAUGCCAAGAUCAGUGACUUUGGGCUCUCCAAGGCUCUUGGUGCUGAUGACAGUUACUACAAGGCCAGGACAGCAGGGAAGUGGCCCCUCAAGUGGUACGCCCCCGAGUGCAUCAACUACCACAAGUUCUCCAGCAAGAGCGACGUGUGGAGCUACGGUGUGACCAUGUGGGAGGCCUUCAGCUACGGGCAGAAACCCUACAAGAAAAUGAAGGGCCCGGAGGUGAACAACUUCAUCGAGCAGGGCAAGCGCCUGGACCGUCCCAGCGACUGCCCCGCAGAGAUGUUCGCCCUCAUGCAGCAGUGCUGGACCUACAGGUGGGAAGAACGUCCAGGAUUUGUAGAAGUGGAAAACACAAUCCGCUCCUACUACUACAGUAUUGCUGCCAAGACAGAAAAUGGGCCACAGACAGAGGACAAGUCCAAAGCAGCUCUUCCCUGAACUUCCUUCUCUGCUCCUCAACA